AGCCUCCAUCUCUUAGCGUCGAACCAGCAUCCAGCCAGUUUGAUAUAAGCUUGUAAAGUGACGUACUGCCUCCAAAUUGGUUAUUUUUGGCUGAAAAAUUUGUUUACGAAGUCCUGACAAAGAGUCAAUAAAAUACAAGUUGGGUGGGCGGAAUAACGCCUGCCGUAAAGUGACGAGCAACAGUGCAAACAUAUUCUCCGCAGUGAACAACUUCUUCGCUGAUUCGCCUUUGGUGAAUCAGCUCAAAGGAAUAAUGACUCGUCAAGGCAGCAGUGCAGAACCCGCGCCACCAGAUGAAAAUCGCUUUGAGAGUCGUCGACCCCCGCCGGUCAACGUCGCCGUCAGUCCGGCAGGAAGCACCGUUUCCGAGCGAUCGACAACGUCGACUAUCAAAAAUCAAGUCAUCAAUCAUGUGAGCUUCCUGAAGCCUGCAGGGAGCUCCGCUCUAGACAGAAAGGCUUCUAUCAUUGAUGAAACUACGGGUAUCACACGUACACAGAUGAAAGAAUUCCGUGAGGCAUUUCGCUUAUUCGACAAAGACGGCGACGGUACAAUAACUAAGGAAGAACUGGGCCGUGUGAUGAGAAGCCUGGGUCAGUUCGCAAGGGUAGAGGAGCUGCACGAUAUGUUGCAAGAAGUGGACAGUGAUGGCGACGGCAACGUAAGUUUCGAAGAAUUCGUCAAUAUACUCUCAAAAUCUAUGUCAGGAUCUGGAGGCAACACAAGCUCAGCUGAGCAAGAAGAAAGAGAACUGCGAGAUGCGUUUAGAGUAUUCGACAAACAUAACAGAGGUUAUAUUUGCGCGUCGGAUCUGAGAGCUGUACUGCAGUGCCUCGGUGAAGAUCUAUCUGAGGAAGAAAUUGAAGACAUGAUCAAAGAGGUGGACUCCGAUGGGGAUGGACGUAUAGAUUUCCUGGAAUUCGUCCGAGCUUUGGGAGAACCUGAAGACGCUUGCGAUGAAGAUGACGAUGAAGACCAGUUCGAUGGCACAGAUAUACCUUCACCUAGAUCUAUUCUCGCUGUGUAGCCGUUUUAAUUUACUACAUUUGCAAAAUUAUGUGCAUUUAAUAAUCAUCUGUUCAAUAUAAAAUAUCAUAAAUUUUUGAUAAAAUCUUUGCUAUCUAUUGAAUCUUAGUAGAAUAAUUUGGAUCAUUAUCGUAAAUUUAUUGGUCAAUGCAAUGCAAAUGCAUUUGCAAACGGACUAAUAUUUGAAGUUUUCAGUUGCCGAAAUGACAGUAAUGGACAACUACAAGACGAAUAAUAAUUGACUUAAGAAAGCGAGAGGUCAUUACCCAAUACAACAAAAAUGCAUAUAAAUUGUUAUUUAUCUAAUUUCAACUUUAAAUACUAGUUUGCUGAAUAUAAUAUAUUUAAGGCGCGUGGUAUCGCGAAAUGCAUAACUUUGAGGGCCUAAUGCAAUGAGUUUACUGGGAGAAUAAAAAAAAUUGUAGUGACUGACUGAUGUGACGUGAUCUAUAAUCAUAGUGUAAACAUUUAUACGCGUGACGUAACACAUAAAUUUUUUCGUUUGGCACUGUUUCAUUGUUUUACAACUGCUGCUAGUGUUCCGACUUCAGUAUUUUUUCAAGAGUAAGCAUAUAGUUCAGAGUAAAUGUAUCUAGAAUACAUCUGAAAAAUCCACACAGUUAAAGACGUCAUUUUACUAUUCUAUUUAAUGAAUACAGAAAACUUGAUCUAAGUAUCUUAUUUUUUAUGAAUUAUGAUCGGCUUGCGACCUAUUGGCAACCACUAAUUUUAUAUAAUCAUACAAAGUUUGGCUUAAUCUUUAUUUCUUAUUUUAAUUUUAUACUUACUAAAACUAAAUAUAUACCACGUCAUAUAUACCGCGGCAUAAAUACCACGUCAGACAAUGGAUUCUGCCACAACAUACACAUGCCGCUUUAAAAUAGGCCUACGUGGUAUCGCAAGCUCAAUAUGUCAAGAGCAUGUCGAACCAAUAAUAAUAUAAUGCCAUAAUAUAAUGCCAAAUACCAAAUAUCACUAAACGCGGCUAAAGAAGUUUUUGCUUCAAAAACAUCAUUAUCGUUAUAUUUAAGAAUAAAUAAUAGUUUAAAAAAAAACUAAAAAACACGCUUAUAUAAAAUUCAACUAAAAAAUAGAAAAUAAAUUUAAAUUGAAAGUAGUGUAAAAAAAAACAUAAAUUUUAUUGUAAAAAAAAGCGUGGGGUGCUUUUUAAGAUAUUAUUAAAAUAAUAAUUCUUCUACACCCCACGCUUUUUUACAAUAAAAUAUAUAUCUUUUACACUAUUUUCAAUUUAAAUUUAUUAUUAUAUUUUUAAUUUUUUAGUUAAAUUUUCUAUAAAAGCGUAUUUUUAAAACUAUUAAGUACUUUAACAUCAAAUCCUACCUUAUCGACUAUAGAUAAAAAUUAUAUAAAUUGACAAAAAUCUUAGUUUGCAAAUUGAAUAAUGGAAUAAUCUUAUCAAAUUAGUGUAUUGUCAUCGGUCCUCGCUAAAUCUACAAAGUUUGAAUGAAAUCUGGCCGAGGUUUGAGUGAAGCUAAUAUAAAGCGUAUAAAAAAUGGUAAUAUAUGUCUAUAAUUAUACGACGUCUUAUAGGUUUACUUUAUAAGUUUAUAUACUUAGAUACUUAUGAUUGUAAACUUUAUUUCGCAACUAGCAGAUAUAAUCAUCAGUAGGUUCGCGUUUUACGAUAAUUCAUUUAGAGCCUACGUAGAUGUCAAAUUGUUGUUAUUAUAAACAACUAUUUCCUACCUAUAGUUAUAAUGAAAUAAUUAUUAUCUUUUUAAAAUAUAAUAUAUAUAAUUAGAAGCAAUGUUAAGACUUAAGAAAAUUGAACAACGAAUAUGUGUAAGAUGGACUCGUAUUGUAUUGAUAUGAGUGUGGAAUUUGUGGUAUGAGGUACGCAGCUAUUGUAAAGAGCUAGGCCGCCGGCGACCGUGUCUUAUGUACCUAUCUAAGACCCGUAAAAGAUAAUUGGAGGGCCGUAAGUACUAGCAGAGUUUUAAUGAAUAUAUUAGUUACCGGCACCUAACAUUUUAAUAUUUACAUAAACAAGUGGGAACAACUCCUUUGCACAGGAUGCCGGCUAGAUUAUGGGUACCACAACGGCGCCUCUUUCUGCCGUAAAGCAGUAAUGUAAGCGUUACUGUGUUUCAGUCUGAAGGGCGCCGUAGCUAGUGAAAUUACUGGAAAAAUGAGACUUAACAUCUUAUCUCUCAAGGUCUCGUCCCUUAUAUUCAUAAAAAAAAAAGUUUGCACAACAACCAGCGAGUACCAAGCCUAAAAUCCGGGCCAGGCGUAUCAUCAGGGUAACACAUAACGACAACAAUCUCGAAACAAGCUUACAAAUACUCGAUCGACUUUCGAUUUCAAAAGAGAACGGUUUUUUGAAAUGGAGUGACGGUAUUUCUAAAAUCUACUUAUUCCAUUUCCGCUAAUUAGAGUGUUUUAACUUUUAUGUUAUAAGUAUAUUUUUAAUAAAGAAAUACUUAGAUACUAGAUACUUAAGUACCUACGUCUUCAUAAUAAUUAGAAUUGAAGUAAUUAUAAUAUUACGCUUUACUCUAUUUUCCACUUUUAGAAACUAACUACUAUAUACUUUGCUUUAAUAAACUUAGUAUUACUUUUUAGUACGCAUAUAUUUCAAAUAAUUGAAUUUAUAUUAAUAAUAUUAG